CACGCCGCGCCGGCUCGGCGGGGACACGGGCGGCCGCCGCGGGUAGCGAUGCGCGGGGGUAGGUAGGGCUGACUGGCGGACUGACGGACUGACGGACGGACGGACGGACGGGGCCGCCGAGACGUCGAGGGAGAGGGAGAGAAGCGAGAGCGAGCGGCGGAGCGAGGAGCGGCGGAGCGUGUCCCCGUCCCCGCGUGUCCCCAACCCCGCGUCAGGGCGAUGUCGCCGCGGCAGCAGCCACAGCCCGUCUGACCGCCGCCGCCUCUCCAUGUCCCGGCUCGUUAUUUAUUAUUAUUAUUAUUAUUAUUGUUAUUAUUAUAAUUUUUCCUCCUUUGAUUUCUCUUUGGGAAAAGCACUUUGACUCCUGACUGCUCUACCUCAGACCCGAGAAAAACUCAUCACGCUCGCUUUUUGGCGGUUUUGUUUUUAAUUUUUUAAUUUUUAUUUUUUCUGAACGCCGAUCUUUAUAGCCGUUAUUGUUUUAUUGUUACUAUUAUUAUUAUUAUUAUUAUUAUUAUCCGUGUGGUUGGUAGCGGCCGGGAUCCUACGGCUGUGUCGAAGCGCUGGGCAGUGGGGGGUUCUCCUGUGUACCCCUCCUAGGACACUCGAACGAAGAUUUUUCUUCUUCCUCCCUUUCUUUUUCUCCUCCUUCACUUCUCCAAGGCUUUUAAAACAAACACUUACACACACAGGAAAAAAAAAAAGAGAGAGAGAAAAACAAAAACAAAAAGCAAACCUACGCCGGUGUUGUCAUCUUUCUGAAAAAAAAAAAAUUGUUAUUUUAAUUUUUUUUUUCUUGACACCUGGGAAACCGCUGCCCCCCUCAGAACUAACCAAAGACAAUGGUUCACUGUGCAGGCUGCAAAAGGCCGAUCUUGGACCGGUUUUUGUUGAAUGUACUGGACAGGGCUUGGCAUGUGAAGUGUGUUCAGUGCUGUGAAUGUAAAUGCAAUUUGACAGAGAAAUGCUUUUCGCGAGAAGGCAAGCUUUACUGCAAAAACGACUUCUUUCGGUGUUUCGGGACCAAGUGCGCGGGCUGUGCCCAGGGCAUCUCCCCCAGCGACCUGGUCCGCAGGGCGCGGAGCAAAGUGUUCCACUUGAACUGUUUUACGUGUAUGAUGUGUAACAAGCAACUCUCCACCGGCGAGGAGCUCUACAUCAUAGACGAGAACAAGUUUGUCUGCAAAGAAGAUUACCUAAAUAACAGCAAUACUGCCAAAGAAAACAGCCUGCAUUCAGCCACCACCGGCAGUGACCCCAGCCUGUCCCCCGACUCUCAAGACCCCUCCCAGGACGACGCCAAGGACUCGGAAAGCGCCAACGUGUCCGACAAGGAGACGGGCAGCAACGAAAACGACGACCAGAACCUGGGGGCCAAGCGGCGGGGACCCCGCACCACCAUCAAAGCCAAACAGCUAGAGACUCUGAAAGCCGCCUUCGCGGCCACCCCAAAACCCACCCGGCACAUCAGGGAGCAGCUGGCGCAGGAGACUGGCCUCAACAUGCGGGUCAUCCAGGUCUGGUUCCAGAACCGGCGCUCCAAGGAGCGGCGGAUGAAGCAGCUGAGCGCGCUGGGCGCCCGGCGACACGCCUUCUUCCGCAGCCCCCGCAGGAUGCGACCGCUGGUGGACCGGCUGGAGCCCGGGGAGCUCAUCCCCAACGGGCCCUUCUCCUUCUACGGAGAUUAUCAGAGCGAGUAUUACGGCCCCGGAAGCAACUACGAUUUCUUCCCGCAAGGACCGCCUUCGUCUCAAGCGCAGACCCCCGUGGAUCUCCCCUUCGUGCCCUCCUCGGGGCCGUCGGGCACCCCGCUGGGGGCCAUGGACCACCCCCUGCCCGGACAUCACCCCUCCAGUGAGGCUCAGCGCUUCACUGACAUCAUGUCGCACCCUCCGGGAGACUCGCCCAGCCCCGAACCCAACCUGCCCGGGUCCUUGCACUCCAUGUCCGCGGAAGUUUUUGGCCCCAGCCCCCCCUUUUCGUCGAUAUCCGUCAACGGUGGUGCUAACUACGGCAAUCACUUGUCCCACCCUCCAGAAAUGAACGAAGCAGCUGUGUGGUAGCUUUAAAAAAACAAACUGGGUCUAAGUAAGUGAUGAUCAUCUAGUCUGCUUAUUUGUUAUGGUGUACAGAAAUGAAUUAAUAUAACAUCUCUCCUGCCCUAAGACAAUAUUACCUUGGGAACGAACUGAAUCCAAUCGCUCCAAGGCAAGCUUUGCUCUAGACCAGGACAAUCUCCAUGUUAUGGUUGUGUCAAACAAGCGAGGGGACUUUUUUUGUACCAUUGACAAAGAAACUGGGGAAGCUGUACAGUAAAGUGCUGCCAUUACCGUAGGAUGGCGUGAGUUUGAUUUACCCUGUUGGAUGUCAUCCUAAGAGCCACAAUCCUUAGAAACUUCUUGUUUAAAAAAAAAAAAAGAAAUUAAUAAUUGAAUGAAGGAAAGGUCAAAGAAAAGGGGGAAAAAAAAAGCUUCAAGAACUCUCUAGCGUUCCUGGUUAAGGAUGGUUCUGGCAUUAUGAAUCUGUUUGUUCAUUUUUGUCUCUCAGAAAGUUCAACAACAAGAAACUCUUUUUAGCUUCAGCCAUUUCAGCCUGCUGACGAUCAGGUGGGACAACUUUUCUUUUUUCCUUUCUUUUACUUUUUUUUCUUUUCUGUUUUGUUUUGGUUUUGGUUUUGGUUUUUUUGGUUUGUUUUUUUUUUCUUUUCCAAAAAUAGCAGAUACUAAAUGUUAAGCCCUCAGCACCAACUCUUCUACCUUCACAAAGCUACACGUACAAAACCUCCUCAUCAUAGCAAAGGUCACCACCCAGACCUCUAACGAAAAUGACUUGAAAAAACAAACAAACAAACAAAAAGUAUUCUACCUUCACAGAGAGAGAAAAGCUAAACAAAAAGACUCUAUUGAACUAAAAACAGUCAACUGUUUACGUCUAAUGUUAAAUUCAGGAGCUCAAUGUUUUACUAAUAAAUCCUGUUUUAGAAAAACCUCUUGUUCAAAAGCAAAAGAUUUUGAGCAACCAACCAAAAUAGUUCAUUUUCUUUUCUGUAGAUGUUCUAACAGAUUGCAGGGCUUGUGGUUCACUGUGCUAGUUUGUAAAAGGUGUUGUUUACAGAAGGCAAAGAAAAAAAAAAUCCACAAAACCCAGACAGUUGCCAAAUAAAGUAAAUAUAUAGCACAAAUACUGUAAGGUGCUUUGCACCAGCAACCCGAGAAGGUGUUUAAAAAGUGUUACAAGGUUAAAAAGAAAAAAAAAAAAA